UGCAAGGUUUGCCAGAACAAAUCCAGGGUGCCGCAGAUCACAGCGGGGGGUUAUCAGAAGGCCCGCACACAACGCGCGCGGCUGACGCCAGCGGUGCUAACCCGUACUUUUUGGAGCACUGAAGUGGCUGACAGACUUAUGCACACCGCCGGCAUGCUGCUCCUCCCCGGGGACCUGCUGCACUGGGCGAGUUCCUUCUGUGGGGGACACCGGGGACACGGGGACCCAAACCGGAGGGCAGGGUGUGCAGCCCCUGUUCCCCUGCCCCCGCUUUCUGGCUUGUAUAGCUCCCAGAUGAAUAAAUGUGGGACACAAGCUCCGGUGUGGCUGUCGCUGAAGUCGGAAUCCCUGCCAGCUCCCGGUGAGAGCAAGCGGCUCACAGCCUGUGCUACCUGGCAGGUCUUCUCUGGGGGCACCAAGGACUGCUGCUUGUUUCGGAUACCCAUCGCCGUCAGGAACUGCGGUGAAUUCUUUGUGUAUCUCCUGCAGCCUACUCAAGGAUGCAUGGGCUACUGCGCGGAAGACAAACUCACAAGCCUGGCUUUGCAACCAGUGGUAACUCCCGCGCUUGUGCAAGGACGUGUCCAUCUGAAGUGCACUUACUGCCGCCCCUCCUCAAAGCCGCCGCUGCGGUACGUGGUGGUCUGGUCGCGCCUGUCCAACCCUGCCAAGAAAGAGCAGAUUCAGCGUGACACCACCCUGCAGUCAUUUUCCUACGUCGAGAUGAACGGUGUGAAUCUCAAAUUGGGAGACACGGUCUUUUGCACUGUCACUGCUUUUACAAGGGACUCUCCUGAGCAGCAGUCAUUGCCUGAAGAGAGCAAAGGUUUCUAUGCUGGGAUUAAGUUUUUACCAGAAUCAUUACAAAUUGCAGAGGAUGGCAAAGAGCACGUUUUGACCGUUCUGAGCACUGUACCCAUUGCCUGUCCCGGGCAUGACGAUUCCUGUAAAAUUACUUUGCAGCUAAGUACUGAGGAUUUGGAUAGCCGAUUACCGGGGCGCCCAGACAUCGCCCUUUCGGCAUGCCAGGUGGAUCUGCUGCGAGCGCCCUGCUCGGGGAGCAGCUGCGCAGCGGCCACGCUGGCGGUGACGGCCGUGACAGACUUCGCUCAGGACGGGAACCGCGUCAGCCGCAUCCGAGCUGAGCCAGUCGGACGGAGGGAUUUGCUUUGGAGGGCUUACACACCAAAGGAUGUGAAGGUCACAGUUCGAGACCUCCCAACAGGGAACUGCUACUCCUUCACUGAUCCACACAUUAUCACAUUUGAUGGAUGGCGCUACGAUAACUAUAAAAUCGGCACCUUCCUUUUGUGCCGGAGCGUGUCGCGGGCCUUUGAAGUGCACGUUCGGCAGUGGGAUUGCGGAGGCCGCCGCUCCGCCGCCGCCUGCAAUUGCGGCGUAGCCGCGCGGGAAGGCGGUGACACCGUGGUGCUGGACGCCUGCAAUGGCCGUUUUCGGGAGAGCAGACCCCAGCUAGCCGUCAAAAGCACUGAGGCAUCACCACACAUCAAAAUCCUAAAGUCCUACGGAGGGAGGAAAAUAACAAUCCUGUUCCCUUCGGGAGCAUUUGUUCGAGCCGACAUGAGCGAGUGGGGAAUGGGUCUGACGGUGAGGACGCCGGGCAGCGACUUCAACAGCACCAGCGGUUUGUGUGGCCUCUUUGACGGGAUCGGGCACAACGACCUGAGCAACGUGCCUGAGGAAGACUUCAUAGAGGAGUGGAGAAUACCUCCAGGGAAGAGUUUAUUUGACAAGGCUCCAGCACCUUCUGAGGGGAAGCAAAGGAAGAAUUACUGCAGAUGUCAGAAGGAGAGCACUAAGUCCGUGCCCAUGGUAAACACACUGAGUGCCUUCCAGACUCCUCUCCCUCAACCUUCUGGUUGCCAUUAUGAUCAUGUGGAUUACACCUCAGCGAUCCCCUAUCUAGAUGUUACGUCAGAGUUUGUCACUCACUCAGAAAUAGAGGCUACUUUACGCAAAGAUAAGAAACUAUUGACCAAGUCUUUUGAUCAAAGAUACCUGCCUAAAUCAGUCCAAAGGCGAGGUAGCCGCGAGGACCAAUUAAAACCCCUCAAACACAAUGUGUCCAUGAAAAACAACGGUUCCAUUAACUCCGCGAAACCAACAGAAGACCUAAGGAGAGCCAAAAGGCAAAAAGAAUAUUAUGAAUAUUUACCCUUUCACCCGUCGCAUAGCCCGAGCCAGAGAGACUCGGAGAGCAUUGCGUAUUUUUUCCCAGAGGAUUACUUUGAAGGGAUUCGGACAAAACUUCCACUGGCAUGGCCCAGUCCCAAUGGCCUAACUGCCACCAAAGCUCGGGACAUUUGCCACCAAAUUCUUGCAAAUUCCUCCAUCGGCUUAGUGUGUAAAGGUCUCCUUGGAAAACAGAUGGAUAAGGCAAUUGAUAUAUGCCUUUUAGAUCUGCAGCUCAAAGAUGACGUGGCUUGGGUGAGGGCACUGAUAGCCCUUUUGGAAAAUGAAUGUGAAAGAAGAGUGCUAAAACACAGAAACAGCAUGUUUCAUGUUGGAAACCAGCCAUCUGCUACCCAGGAGGAAAUCCUCACCAUCCUCCGAUGUCCUGCUUUCUGUAACGGCAAUGGACAAUGCACGGAACUGGGCUGCCAGUGCUUUGAAGACUACAGCUCCUAUGAUUGUAGCAUUGCCAAAAAGCAAGCUUUGGAAAUCUCAGGCUUAGAGAACGGGGGCCUCUGCGACGUCCGUGCCUCUGAGUGCACCAGGAUCCGCGUGUUUGGCCUCGGCUUCAAAGAGUCGCCCAACCUGCACUGCCAGGUCACCAGAUUAAUUCAUCUCAAUGGCGAAUGGGUAUCAAGAGAACAAGAAAUGACAAAAGCAGAUUUUCUCAGCUCUGCGGCUGUUGACUGCCAGAUUCCUCCCCUGAACAUUACAGAGACAGAGGCUGUGCACUUUGUGGCCGGUGAUGAGCCAUUCGCAAGAUGGCAAGUGAAAAUGAUGAGUGAUACAAAUAGCCAAGAUCGUUUCAUGAUGAAUGAAAUACGUCAGGCAGAAGUGACAGAAUUCCUGAUUGUCCUGACUGCUUAUCCAGAAGAAGUGGCUCUUUCUUUCCAUAUGAUACACAACCUGCCUCCUGUGUUCCAGGCCCCCUCCAGCCAGCUGCUGACAUUUAUUGGUGAGAAUUUUGUUUACCAGUUAAUAGCAGUGGAUCCGGAAGGGUCAGCUGUGCUAUUCAUCUUAGAAGCUGGGCCACAGGAUGCCAGGCUCUCUCCUGCUGGCCUCCUUAUCUGGAAAGUGGAUUCAGAAGAAAUGCAGACCUUUGAAUUCACUGUGUCGGAUGAAUGCAAUGCACAGAGCACAUACUCCAUUGAGGUUCGAGUCAAGCCCUGCAGCUGCCUCAAUGCUGGAACAUGUGUUACCAAUAUUAAAUUCCCUCCAGGCCUUGGUGAAUACUUGUGUUUAUGUCCAAAUGGAUUUGAUGGAGAAUUUUGCCAGGAAGAUAUCGAUGACUGCAAAUCAAACCCCUGCGGCAGCGGAACAUGCGUGGACAGUGUGGAUAGCUAUUUUUGUAAAUGUCCCCCUGGUUUGGGAGCUGUGCUUGCUGCUGACAUUACAAAAGCUUUAAGCAUUGAAAAAGGCAAUGGCAAAGGUGAUUUGAACAAGACUGAGGUCAUGCAGCACCACUGGCACAUGUUACUACCUGUGCCAACAGGCCAUGUUUUCCUGGAGUCUUAUGUUUUGAUCGGAAACCCCCUUACGUCGGAUAUGUCUGCGGCCGAUGUCCAGCAGGGUUUUUUGGAAAUGGCCGAAUCUGUACCAAAGUCCCCAGACCAGUGUGAGCUGGGCGAAGGCGGAGGGUUUAAAUGUGGGCCUUGUCCCACUGGGUACAGCGGUGAUGGAGUUACAUGUGAAG